AAUUUUCAGAUGUCCUCAAAUUUAUAUCAAAUAUGCAUCAUAUACUGGUUAGCAUGUAUUACGAUUAUUUGUGUCAUUCGAGUAUUAACCCUCGGAGAAAUUGGGAAAUCAGAAACAGUUAUGGGUCUUAUUUAUUUUGGCAAAUUAAGAAACGAUUACAAUUUCGGUACUUGGUUAAAGAUGAUUGAAGUACCGAAAAGAUGGUUUUGGGUUUUUUACUUAAUCGCUUCCAUUGCUGUUCUGCUUGCUUUGGUCAUUAUUGUUAUUGAUGGCCAGUUACGAUACAGCAGUGAUAAUCUUCUUAUCUCAAUGGGUCUUUUGCUGUAUCUAACACACGUAUUACGACGUUUGUAUGAAUGCCUUUACGUCUCGAUUUUUUCGGAUACCAAAAUGAACAUUUUACAUUUCCUUUUAGGAAUCACUUUUUAUCCAUUUAAUGUGUGCUCACAACUUUCAUCGUUUACCUUUGAGAAGAAAACAGAAAUAAAUACCUUAUCAAUAUUACUUUAUACGAUAUUAGCUGUCGCCAUAUUCGUGGUUCAAAUACAACAACAUUAUUGCUUUGUCCUUCUUGCUCAAAUUCGUCUGCGCAAUGGCUUAAAUGCGAAGAAUGUACAUACAGUACCAUAUGGUGGCCUUUUUGAAUAUUGCUCAUCUCCUCAUUACUUCCUUGAAAUUAUACUUUAUUUCUUAUUUACAUUAAUUUAUCAGUUAUCAGUACCUAUGCUAUUGUGUUUUCUAUUUGUAAUUACAAAUCAAACUAUUGCUGCUUUAUUAAAUCAUAAAUGGUAUCAAAAACAUUUUCAUGCAUACGCCGAAAGUCGGAAAGCUUUCAUACCGUAUAUUUUAUAA